AUGGCUGUAGCAACCAAUUGCUCCGCGACCGAACGGGUUGAAACCACCAUGAAGCAUAGCCAUCAAGGCGAGAUAAUGAAGCAAGACGACACCAAUUCCAUCGAAGAUGGUGAGUUACGGGCUUCAUCAGGUGUAUUGAACGUUGUCAUCUCGGGACUGGGACUCUUCAGUGAUGGCUAUAAUGCUCAGAUCACUUGCAUAAGAAAAAUCACUAAUCUCACCCGCAAAGUCGGCUACAUGGAGCCUUUGUUCUCUGUCUUGUAUAAAAAUACCAUGUCCUCAAGCAUCAAAACCAGACUAUCGAAUUCCUUCCUUAUUGGAGAGAUCUUUGGUAUGCUCUUCUUCGGUGCUUUGAUUGACCGAGUAGGAAGACGGACAGGAGUGGUGGCGACUACCUUGUUCUUGGUGCUUGGUAUCAUCUUGUCUGCUGCAGCACACGGUACCUCGGAGUUGGGGAUGUUUUGGAUGAUGAUUGUUGCUCGCGGUAUCGCUGGGUUCGGAGCUGGUGGCGAGUAUCCUGUCUGCGCAACCAGUGCAACUGAGGCCGCUGAUGAGACUGCAAACCUUCGAAAGAAGAGAGGAUUUCUGGUCGCGUCAACCACAGAUUUUGCUGUGGAUAUGGGCUUCGUGGCCGCCGGUAUUGUGGCUCUCAUUGUUCUCGCUUGCUUCCACCAGGAUGUCAAGAGUGGUGUUUGGAGGGUCUGUUUUGGGCUUGGUUUUGUGAUCCCGGUUUUCAUGUGUUUUUUUCGGAUUCGCAUGAUCAACUCGAAGCAAUAUCGCAAGCACGCCAUAAAGUCGCGGUAUCCAUACUGGCUAGUCCUUCGGAGGUAUUGGAAACCGAUACUGGGAACCUCUCUCGCUUGGUUCUGCUACGACUUUGUCACGUAUCCAUUUGGACUCUUCACUUCUACCAUUAUCUCUCAACUGAGCCCCAACAAUACAACAGUGGAAAAUAUUGGGUACGGUACGGUUGUUAAUUGCUUCUAUCUCCCAGGCUGCCUACUGGGAGGGCUCCUGAUGGAUAAAAUUGGAAGAAAGCAGAACAUGACUCUCGGCUUCGUGCUCUGGGGUAUAUGGGGCUUCGUUCUGGGCGGCGCUCUUCGCCCGAUACAGUCAGUAUUCCCGUUAUUCGUCGUUAUGUACGGCAUUUUCAACGCCCUGGGUGAGAUGGGCCCCGGUGUGUCGACCUUUCUGUGCGCCGCAGAGUCAUUCCCCACGCCGCUUCGUGGUCACUUCCUUGGUCUGGCCGCCGCAGUUGGAAAGGCGGGUGCAUCAAUUGGGACUGAAGUAUUUACGCCCAUUCAGGACUCAUUCUCAUCUACCGAAAAAGGUCAACAAGCCGUCUUCCUGAUAGGGUCGGCUUUCUGUAUGGUUGGUGCGUUGAUAGCGUGGUUCCUGAUCCCGGAUAUGUCGCGAGAGCUGGAAACCGAGGAUGCCAGGUUCAAGGCGUAUUUGGAAGAGAACGGAUACGACAUCAGUUCAUAUGGGGAGGCGCUCUGCGUGGAGCAAAAAGAUAGAUAG